AUGGAAGAUACUGGAGGAUACACAGAUAAUGCAUUAAAUAUUAUUAAUAAUGCUGUUGCUAUAUGUAAAGAUCAUCAAAAUAGUCAAUUGAUGCCAAUUCAUUUAUUAGCUGCUUUUAUACCAACUGAUGAUGUAGAAGGUUCAACAGCUUAUUUAAAGACUUUGAUUCAAAAAGCAAGAUUUGAAUGGCCACAAUUUGAAAGAGUUGUAAAUAAACAUUUAGUUAGAUUACCAAGUCAAAAUCCACCACCAGAAGAAGUUAGACCAAGUUAUCAAACUGGACAAGUUUUACAAAAUGCUGCAAAGAUUAAAACUCAACAAAAGGAUUAUUAUAUUGCACAAGAUCAUAUACUUUUAGCAUUAUUGGAAGAUUCAUCAAUAAAAGAUAUUUUUAAAGAAGCUGGUGUUAAACCAGAUGCAAUUAAAACUCAAGCAAUUGAAUUAAGAGGUGAUCAAAGAAUUGAUUCAAGACAAGCUGAUUCUUCAUCAAAUUAUGAAUUUUUAGCUAAAUAUUGUGAAGAUUUUACUGAAAAGGCAAGGGAAGGUAAAAUUGAUCCUGUUAUUGGUAGAGAAGAAGAAAUUAGAAGAGUUAUUAGAGUUUUAGCAAGAAGAUCAAAAUCAAACGCAGUGUUGGUGGGAAAUCCAGGUGUUGGUAAAACCACUAUUGCUGAGGGAGUAGCUCAACGUAUUGUUGAUGGAGAUGUUCCAAAUAUCUUAGCAAAUGCAAGAUUAUUUUCAUUAGAUCUUGGUGCAUUAACUGCUGGUGCAAAAUAUAAAGGAGAAUUUGAAGAAAGAUUAAAAGGUGUUUUAGGAGAUAUAGCCAAGUCAAAGGAAUUUAUUAUUUUAUUCAUUGAUGAAAUUCAUAUGUUAAUGGGUGAUGGUAAAAAUGAUGCUGCUAAUUUAUUAAAACCUGCUUUAGCUCGUGGAGAAUUACAUUGUAUUGGUGCAACUACUUUUGCUGAAUAUAGAAAAUAUAUUUCUAAAGAUGCUGCUUUUGAAAGAAGGUUUCAAAGUAUUGAUGUACCUGCUGCUACUGUACCUGAAACUAUUGCAAUUUUAAGAGGGCUUCAACCAAGAUAUGAAAUUCAUCAUGGAGUAAGAAUUUUAGAUUCAGCUUUAGUUGUUGCCGCACAACUUGCGCUGAGAUAUUUGACGUAUAGAGCACUUCCUGACAGUGCCGUUGACUUAGUUGAUGAAUCUGCUGCUCAAGUGGCCGUUGCUCGUGAUUCUAAACCAGAAGAAUUGGAUAAUUUGGAAAGACAAUUACAUUUAAUAGAAGUUGAAAUUAAUGCCCUAGAAAGAGAUAAAGAUGCAGAUGCUGCUUCAAAAGAUAGAUUAGUUGGAGCUAGAAAAAAACAAGCUGAAAUAGAAGAACAAUUAGGUCCUUUAAGAGAAAGAUUUAGACAAGAACGUGCUGGUCAUGAUUUAUUAAUUGCUGCAAAAAGAAAAUUAGAUGAUUUAGAAAUUAAAGCUAGUGACGCAGAAAGAAGACAUGAUACUGCUACAGCUGCUGAUUUAAGAUAUUUUGCUAUACCAGAUGUUGAAAAACAAAUUGAAGAAUUAGAAGUUAGAGUUGCAGAAGAAGAAACUUCAAAUUUGGAAAGUCUUACUAAAAAUGCAGUUGGUCCAGAACAAAUUUGUGAAACUGCUGCAAGAUUAAGUGGUAUUCCAGUUGCAAAAUUAUCACAAACUGAAAAUGCAAAAUUAGUCAAUAUGGAAGUUGAAUUAUCAAAAGAAGUUGUUGGUCAACCUGAAGCUAUAAGAGCUAUAUCAAAUGCUAUUAGAUUAAGAAGGUCUGGUUUAGCUAAUCCUAAUCAACCACCAUCAUUUUUAUUCUUGGGUCAAUCAGGUACUGGUAAAACUGAAUUAGCAAAACAAAUUUCAAAUUUCUUAUUUCAUGAUCCAAAAGCAGUUUUAAGAAUUGAUUGUAGUGAGUUAUCAGAAAAACAUUCUGGUUCAAAAUUAAUUGGUACAACGGCUGGAUACGUAGGGUACGAAGAAGGAGGUAUAUUAACUGAAGGAUUAUUGAGAAAACCAUAUUCAGUUGUUUUAUUUGAUGAAGUGGAAAAAGCAUCACCAGAUGUUUUAACUAUAUUAUUACAAGUAUUAGAUGAUGGUAGAAUAACUAGUGGUCAAGGUAAAGUCAUUAAUUGUUCAAAUGCCAUCUUUAUAUUAACUUCAAAUUUGGGUGCACAAUAUAUUGAAGCAAAUAAAGGAAGUAAAAUUAAUGAAACCACAAAAGAAAUGGUUAUGACAGCAGUUAAAUCACAUUUCAGACCAGAAUUCCUUAAUAGAAUCACAAACAUAGUAAUAUUCAAUAAAUUAAGUAGAAAGGGAAUUGCCAAAAUAGUUUAUAUUAGAUUAGCAGAAAUUCAAAAAAGAUUUGCAGAUAAUGGAAAAGAUAUAAAAUUAGAAUUAGAUCAAUCAGCAAUAGAUUAUUUAUGUAAAAAUGGUUGGUCACCAGAUUUAGGUGCAAGACCAUUAAAUAGAUUAAUUCAAAGUGAAAUUUUAAAUAAAUUAGCAAUUUAUUUAUUAAGAGGUCAAAUUAAAGAUAAAGAAAUUGCAAAAGUUGUUGUUGGUGAAAAAGGUUUAGAAGUUUUACCAAAUCAUGAAGCUGAUGAUAUUGAUAUGGAUGGUGAAAAUCAAUGGAAUGAAGAAGAAGAUGACGAUGAUGAUUAUUUAGCAAGCCCUGGUCUUGAUUAA